AUGUCAAACCCUUCGAUCAUCUUUAUCCCUGGCUCUUACGUUCUAUUGCCGGUCUAUCAACCACUCUUUGAUGCCGUCUCUGAGGCAGGCUACGAGAUCAAAGGCAUCCAUCCGCCUACCGUCGGACUAAGCAGCCGACAAGGCAGAGAGAGCCCGGCACCUUCCAUGUACGACGAUGCGGCGGUGAUUGCACAGGCAGCUGAGAAACUUGCCGACCAGGGCAAAGACGUGAUUCUUAUGGGCCACUCGUAUGCUGGUAUCCCGAUGUCCCAAAGCACAAAGGGACUGGGAAAGGAGGAGAGGAGGGCGCAAGGAAAACCCGGAGGGAUCGUCCAGCUCGCUUUCAUAUCCUGCCUUGUCCCUGCAAUUGGAAGCUCUGCUGCUUCUCUAUUGGGUAGGUUCCCGAACGAGAAAAGGCCCUUGGUGUCCAUUGACGAAGAUGGGUGGAUGUUAAUGGAGGAUCCAGAGGCGACCGCUAGAAUGAUUUGUCAAGAGCUGCCUCCUAAGGAGGGCGAGGCUAUUGUCACAGGCUUUGCAAAGCAUUCUGCGCAGAGUUUCGGCAACCAGCUAACACACGCUGGAUACAAGGACAUUCCAGUCUCAUACUUAUUGUGUGAGGAAGACUUGGCGGGCCCUCCUGAUUUUCAAAGAGAAAUGAUCGCUAUGAUUGCUGAAGCGAGUGGUCGGAAGGUUGAUGUCACAAGUAUCAAGGCGGGCCAUUGCCCCAAUUUGACCGCAAAGGAUGAGACAAUCGAAUGGGUUCUGAAUGUUGUUAGGAAGGCAGAAGAGAGCCGGCCAACUGUUUAA